GAUGUAUACGGUCUUUCUUGAGGAAACUCUGAAAGGUAGCUGCCAUUUUCAAAUUAAUUUUACAGUUUAAUGUGGCAAGGGGGACCAAAAACAAACGAACAACUACACAGAGAACAGAGUGUUCCGAGAGUCAACAUAUUGUGUCGGCAGACCCUUUAACGCAGAAGGUACAGUUCUGUUGACACUGAAGACGCCUCAUAGUGUGUCCGUGUGUGUGUACUGGAAAUUGCUGAUAGCUCAAAUGGAUCGCAUGGAACUGAAAAAAGUCAACACAGAACUUGAUGAGGAGAGCAACAGCGGGGAAAGCACUGAAGACACCUACACCGACAUGGGAGAUCCAGAGAAGUCCACCAUUAGCAGUCAGUUUGUUGGUGACGAUGCAGAAAGUCAGAAAUUCCUUUCCAAUGGCUUUCUGGGUAAAAAGAAAUUGGAAAACUAUACAGAGGAAUAUCAUCCAGGAAAUAUUUCAUUUGGGAUCUCAUCAUUUAACCUGAGCAAUGCCAUCAUGGGCAGUGGCAUCUUAGGGUUGUCCUAUGCCAUGGCCAACACUGGAAUUAUACUUUUCAUAAUUUUACUGCUCAGCGUAGCCAUAAUGUCUCUGUAUUCGGUUCAUCUACUACUGAAGACAUCCAAAGAAGGAGGAUCCCUAAUAUAUGAAAAAUUAGGCGAAAAGGCAUUUGGAUGGCCUGGAAAAAUUAGUGCUUUCAUUUCUCUUACAAUGCAGAACAUUGGAGCAAUGUCGAGCUACCUCUUUAUCAUUAAGUAUGAACUCCCCGAAGUUAUCAGAACAUUUUUAGGCCUUGAAGAGAAUUCUGGGGAAUGGUAUCUUAAUGGAAACUACCUCGUAAUAUUUGUGAGCAUUGGAGUUAUCCUUCCACUUUCCCUUCUAAAGAACUUAGGAUAUCUUGGCUAUACAAGUGGAUUUUCGCUAAUGUGUAUGGUGUUCUUUCUGAGUGUGGUGAUCUACAAGAAAUCCCAAAUCCCUUGUCCAUUCCCACACUUGGACAAUAACAUUGGCAACUGGUCCUCCAAUGGCUCCACAGUUCCAUUACAUAUAGUAACGCUACCCAAUGACUCUGCUAAUUCGGACCUCAACUUGAUGAUGGAUAAUGCCCACAAGCAGUAUUCAAGUUUUGAAGAAAACAGCAAUAAACUCCACCAAAAUGGGGUCAAAUAUGAAGCCCACGAAGAGGAGGAUGACAUGUGCCGACCCAAGUAUUUUGUAUUUAACUCACGGACUGCCUAUACAAUACCAAUCCUCGCAUUUGCAUUUGUGUGCCACCCGGAAGUAUUACCCAUAUACAGUGAACUGAAAAACCGAUCUCGAAAACGGAUGCAAAAUGUUUCUAACGUCUCCAUCACUGGCAUGCUUAUUAUGUAUCUACUGGCUGCUCUGUUUGGCUAUCUUACUUUCUAUGGUGAGGUAGAAGAUGAGCUGCUUCACACAUACACCAAAGUGUAUAAGUUUGACACUCUGCUUUUGAUGGUCCGCCUUGCUGUACUUGUAGCUGUGACCCUGACUGUACCUAUAGUCCUAUUUCCAAUCCGUACAUCAGUUAUUGCACUUUUGUUCCCUGGAAGACCUUUCAGUUGGAUAAGACACUUUCUAAUUGCAGCUGUUAUACUUAUAUUCAAUAAUAUUUUAGUCAUCUUUGUCCCUACUAUUAAAGACAUCUUUGGAUUCAUAGGUGCUUCUGCUGCCACUAUGCUGAUCUUUAUUCUUCCUGCUGCCUUCUAUCUCCGAAUUGUCAAAAAGGAGCCUUUCAGGUCACCUCAGAAGAUUGGAGCCUUGGUUUUCCUGAUUGUCGGCAUCAUCUUCAUGAUUGGGAGCAUGACUCUAAUUGUCCUGGACUGGAUAUACAAUUCUUCUGAUUCCAAUCAGCAUUAAUCAGAAAGAAAAUAGAUGCUUCUUCUUUUUUUUUCUGGAAAUGGUUGAAUGCCAUCAUCCAAAAAGAAAAAAAACUUUUGACAUACAGAAGAGGACAUUACUUCUAGUUGAUCUCUGCAAAAUUCCAAAGACUUUGCUAGUAAUACCACUAGGAGGAACCUAUGGAAUAUUCAAACUUCCUUUAAUAAGGGAGAGUUAUUUAUGCAUCGAAGCCUGAGCCACACCUUUCUGGACCAGGUUAGGAUAAAGAAAGUGUGCUAGUGGAUGCACAAAGCUCAUUAUGUAUAUAGUCCUCAGAACAGACCGCUCCUGUUAAUGUUUUUCCAAGAAGUAACCUGUUGUUCCUUCUUGUUAAAAAAGGGAGUACCACAGUUUUUAGAAUUUUGAAAGACAACAGAGCUUACCUUCGUGCCUGUUUAACUUGCCAAUGGGUAGGCUGUCUAUCAUAUUUUGUACCCUUUUGGAGAAAAAAGACUGGAAUAUUUAUUACUUGUUCAGAAUUGGAAAGUCUCAAAAUCUUAAACCUAGUUGCCAAACCAUGUAUAUAUGUAUGUAUAGUGUAUACACAUAGAUACAAAAGGGAAGAGAAAAUCAAUGGAAAAAUAUUCUGUAAAUGGUUGUCCAUGAGGUUAAUGGGUACAAUCUAAGUAGAAUUUGUAAGCCUAAAUCCAGUUGUUAGUCCCAUGUUCUUUAGUCCUGGAACUCACAUUAAUGUUGAUCUCCCAAGUUCCCAUUGGUUAAUUGGGACUCAUGAAACUAACAAUCGCUUUAAGCCACAAACAAUAUAGUGAAGCCCAACAUUUCUAAUUUUCUUUGUAAGCCAAAAAAUGGUAACAAGAAUGCCUACCAUCAAAUCUAUGUUGUCAUGCUCACUUUCAGAAAUCUUAUAAAAUCAUAGAAUCAUAGAGUUGGAAAAGACCUCGUGGCCAUCCAGUCUAAUCCCCUGCCAAGAAGCAGGAAAAUCUCAUUCAAAGCACCCCUUUUAUACUGCAUCUUUGCAGUAUAAAUGUGGCAACACAGAUUAGUCACAACUGGUUUGGUUAACAGUCCAAUCAUCUUGCAGAUUUAUUCAUUAGGAAAAUGUUGCCAGGUCAAUAAAAUCAUUUCUUGCCACAUAUGACUUUUAGAACCUUACCAUUUGACAUGGCAGUGCUUAAAAGUGAAAAAAAAGGAUAUUGGCCAGUCACUUAUUAAAUCUGGCCAUGCUCUUUAAAUGUAUUCAUAGCUGCAAAGCUAGUACUUGAACUCACUUUUUAAGUGGAUGCCCAUGUUGUAGUGUUGCAAAUAUUCUUUUCAGGUGUAAUUUCUAGUUAUAAGAUUUAGAAGUGCUCAGAGUUUGGAAAGUUAAUUUUAAAAGCCCCAAGAAUGUUCCAUUUGAAUGUUUUGUAUUCAGCAACAUGUGACACAAGCACUUAAAUCAUAUGAUAUACUCUUAUUUUUUUAGUGAGAACUCACACCCCACAUAAGAGUAACUAAAAUUCUAUGGUUUCACAGCAGAUACAGGUUAUCCCCCAUUAAGUUAUAAUAAUCAUGUAAUGUAGCUACACCCCCCCAUGUAUUGAGGACAGGACUUAAUUGCAAGUAUUUCCUGCCAAGCUACGGGAGCACUUACAUGGUAGCUAUGAUCAACAUGUUGGCAACCUCUACAUCCCUGCUUAAUAUUGCUGGUGCCUAACAUCAUGAUGAGAAUCCCAUGAUAAUCAUAUCUCAUGGUAGCUUUCUUCAACAAAGCUGCCUCAAGAUGUUUUGAACUGAUAGGCAUUGCAACACAAAGCAUCUGGAAAAGCACUGUGCUGGGGAAGCCUGAGCUAUGACAAUAUUUGAGGGGUUUUUAUAGUGAGCAAACCCAAAGCUUUGAAAGUUGCUUUACAAAGCACAUGUACAUAUAUAUGUGUGCACACACAUACAGCCCCUAGUUAGUUAUUUUCAAUAUAUUUUAAAAUCAGGAUGCUAUGAACCACUAGCCUGUGGUUCAACACACUUUCUCCCAUCCAUUUUAUUGUCACCAUAGCACUCGCAAAUGAGCACAAGUUGCAGCUCAAGCCAGCACUUGAACAAUGUGAUUUUUUUCCUUCACCACUAAGUGAAGACAUAUCAGCACAUAACUAUAACAAUAAUAUUAAAUGGCUAAAGUUAUCCCUUACUAAGCUGUCAUAUACUUAUACUAUACUGAAUGAAUUUCAAAUAUCUAGUUGUUUUGUGCAACUAUUUCCAAGUUCUGAGCAAAAUAUAUAUAGGUUGAGCAUCACUUGUCCAGAGUUUCAAAGUCCAAAAGUAUUCAGAAUCUGAAAUUGUCCACAAUGAUGGCUGAGAUGAUAAUUCUCUUAGUUUUUGAUGGUUCAAUGUACACAAACUUUGUUCCAUGCCCCAAAUCAUUAAAAAAUACUAGAUAUAGUUACCUCCAGGCUAUGUGUAUAAGAUAUAUAUUAAACAUAAAUGAAUUUUAUCUUUAGACCUGGGUCCCAACUCCAUGGUAUCUCACUAUGCAUGUUUAUGCAAAUACAAGUUUUCCGAAAUCUGGAAAAUCUGAAAUCCAAAACACUUCUGUCCCAAGCAUUUUGGAUAAGGGAUACACAACCUGUACAUCCAACUUGAAACAUGGUUCUAUAAAUGUCAUUCUAUUUUGACUGAAAAUACUGAAUAAACUGGAUCCCUGUUUGUAGUUUGUCUUCCACUUUAGCUCGGAUAUAAGGAGAUCACAAGAAAUGUGAAAUCACAUUAACCAGUAUUGUUCAAUGCAUUUUUAUUUGAUAGAAAGGUCAGUGCAGGAAACUGUGAUCAUUGCUAUGUAUGUACUAUAUAAAUAUUUAUGUAUAUAAUCUUAUUCUAUCAAAUGUCACAUUAUGAUACAGUGUUUUAAUUUUUAUAUAUCUAUUGUGUAGUUGUUUUCACAAGAUUUGUAGCAUUUUGAAGAAAAAGCUGUUUCGAUGGACUCAGAAAGGUUUGACAUAUAACUGCUUGAAAUUUCACUUGUGAAAGUCCAAAAGGUUGUCCAAGCAGAAUGAAAUGGCCAAACAUGUUGUUAAAGAGAGUUACAACAAUAAAUUUCAAGAAUUCAGGGUU